CACAGACAGCGGGUCUGGACUAAAAGGGCAAGCUCUCUGGCACGAAUGAGCCAACCACUAUCGCGGAGACCAUCCUCAGCAACGUCAAGGAAUACCGGUUCCUGGCCAACGUGCCUUGCUUGAUUGGAUGCGCCCCGAGAUAAGGGUUAUCCGUGGCGACGAUCCCGGCUCGAUGCUACCUCGAAUCUACCCACGACGCAGCUGAGUGGCGAUCAGAACAGCCACCUUCUGUAAACUUGGUGUCGUUCGACGCUAGAUUCGCGCCGUGUUGCUGGAUGUAUGCUACAUCUCCGUUAUCUCUCAUCUUAUAUCGAGGGCUUGGAGAGAGCUUGGGAAGAUAAUUGGUUUGCUUGGUGUGGGUUUUGUUAAAUCAAGUUGAUACCCGGGUGUAUAUACCUACAUAUACCGACAUACACACGUGUAAAUAAGUGAAGAUGAGGUUGGACUAGGUGGGGUGGUUACUUGUGUAUAUAAUAUCUUCAUAUCAUAUCUUGGCAUCCUGACUUGUCGUCGUCGUCUUUCCUGUCACUACAAUAUAUCCAAACCGUAAGAAGGAAAUUAACUAGGUACCUAACUUACUCACCAUGACGCGCAUCGCAUCUCUCGCCCUCCUAUCCGUCGCCGCCCUCCCCGGCGCCAUGGCCUGGGGCGCCAUGGGCCACGAGACAGUCGCCUACGUCGCGAGCAACUACGUCAGCGCAUCCACCAAAUCCUUCUUCCAGGACCUGCUGGGCGACACUUCGGCGGACUACCUAGCCGGCGUGGCGGCCUGGGCCGACAGCUACCGGUACACGAGUGCGGGCAAGUUCUCGGCGUCGUUCCACUAUAUCGACGCGAAUGAUGACCCGCCGUCCAGCUGCGGUGUCGAUCUGGACCGCGACUGCGGCGCUGAGGGCUGCAUCGUGCGCGCUCUUCAGAACUACACGACUAUUCUGAUCGGCCAGAAGGCGAGCAAUGCUAAUCUGCAGAUUGCAGCCAAGAUGAUCAUCCACUUUGUCGGUGAUAUAGGACAGCCUUUACAUUGCGAGGCUUUAGAGGUCGGCGGUAACGACAUCGACGUGCAAUACGACGGCGACGACACAAACCUGCACGCGGCUUGGGACAGCAACAUCCCCGAGUCGAUUUCCGGCGGGUCCUCGCAGUCGUCGGCGAAGUCAUGGGCCUCGGACCUGAUUAAGGAAAUCGACUCCGGCUCCUACAAAUCCCAAGCAGCAAGCUGGGUCAGCGGCCUCAGCGUCGCUUCGACAGCCAAGCAGACGUCGACGGCGCUGAAGUGGGCUACCGAGAGCAACGCGUACGUGUGCUCGACGGUCCUGGCGGACGGCGUAAGCGCGGUCGAGAACAAGGACUUGAGCGGCCAGUACACGACGACCGCGCAGCCCGUCGUCGACCUGCAGAUAGCCAAGCAGGGGUACCGGCUUGCGAAGUGGCUGGACGCCAUCGUCGCUGCAAUUUGAUAGGUUUGAGAUCCUAGAGAGGCUAGGGUGGAUUACGAUGGUCCGAGUUAUCGUAAAGGUGACAAAAGAAAAUGGAAAAAGAAAUGGGAUUCUAAGUGUACCUAGGUA